CGAGGAGGAGGUUUCUGAACACUACGGGUCUUUGUGGCCCGGUGGACAAAGAGCUGCUUUCAGACGUUCUCUGCGGGUCUAAGCAGAACAGACCGACACCGAGCUGGACGCCCUGCUGCCGACUGCUUCACUUCAGCUGCUCCUCCGCUGGGACACGACAUGAAGCGCUGCCUCGGGCUUUUUCUGCUGCUUUGUGCCGGGAUGCUGCAUGUGGGUUCGGGGCUUCGCUGCUACAGGUGUGCAGAUUACACAGGGCGCUGCGAGAACGUCCAGGAGUGCACGUUCGAAGACUCGUGCAUCUCUCUGAGCGAUCAAGGCGGGAAGACGAUCCGGCAGUGUAUCCGGUACACAGAGUGUGACGUGUCCCGACUCACCCAGAUGUUCCCGUCCAUCUCCAGGUUCACGUACAGGUGCUGCAACAGUAACCUGUGCAACUCGGGCUCCACUGCCCCCGCGGUGACCCCGGUUCUGGUUCUGCUGUGGUCCCUGUUGAGCAUUUGGUGGUUCUGGUCCUGAACCCUUCAACCGCUGUUCUGUAUUUUAACGAGAACUAAUCUUUGGCUCGCCGGUUGUUUUCCAACUCCUGCAGCUACUCAGGUCUCUUCUGUAAAUCUGAUUUUAUUCAUUAAAAAAAUUUGAAUUCUUUCAGUUUAACGGAAAAUAAAAUGUUGUUCUGGCUUUUAAA